AGCAUGACAUCACUCAGCCUUGCUCUCCACCCAAAAAGAUCUGGGAUGGAGGUGCAAACGUGAGCUGGCCAAGAGGGGAGUUUGCAGCUCUUUUCAGCUCAGUUUCUGAGGGGACAGGGAGAGUUUUCCGCCCGAUGUGCUACAAGGAAGUGCAUUUUCCUCUGAGCAAAACGACGACCGGCUUCGGGUCUCUGACAGCGUGAAAGUAACUGCAAGGAAAAGGCAACCGUAGGAAGAAAGUUGAAAACAAGAUCUUUUCUUUUUUGGCACAGUUCGUGACAGAAAUAUUUGACUCCUUUCCACGGAACGGCACAACUUUUGGAUUUGAUGCACAUUUCUUUUAAUUUUCCUCCGAUCAUGGGGAUUUAUUUGGAGUUAAAUGAAGAUAUCGAAGUGUGAAGCAGGAAAAUACCACUUAGAGGGUCUGGAAGGAUAUUUUGCCAUCGCUGAAGGAACAGACUUUUUGAACCUGCGUGGAAAAUGACCUUUUUAAUACCAAAAACAGCAAAGGAAAACUUAUGAUUGAAAUCUCACAGGAGUUUGAUUUCAGUUGUACUUUUAACCUGAAAUAGACCAUGGAAAGUUUAUUAUCCCUGCUCUGUUGUCAUUAUUCUCUGCUGAUUUUAUUGCAGCAAAAAUACCAGGUGUAUGGAAACUAUUCCCAGCUCCCCAAACACCCAGGGUUCAAAGUUCUCGCAUCAGCUUCCCAUUACUGGCCACUGGAAGAUGUGGAUGGAAUUCAUGAGUUUCGGGAUGCGAAUGGAGAUAUUGUAGAAGGAAUGGUGAACAAAGGAAUUUACGUCACUGAAAAGAAAGGAGUUACCUUUCUCUUCUUUGGAAGCUACCAAAAUUCUUGCAUUAGUAAUCCAGAAGUUUGUGGACCUGAAGGAGUAACAUUUUCCUUUUUCUGGAAGACUCAAGACCAACAGGCCAAGUUUCUCCCUGCCUCUGGUGGACGGGUAAUUUCCAGUGGUUUCAAAAUCUGUUCAAACGAAGGUGAAGGCUCAGUGGAAUUUUACACCCGUGGGAAUGCAAUGAUGAAGUGGAAAGCAAGCUUUAGCCCACCAGGUCCUUAUUGGACUCACAUUCUCUUCACUUGGAAAUCAAGAGAAGGGCUGAAAGUCUAUGUCAAUGGAACUCUGAACACAACUGACCCAGAUGGGAAGGUUUUCUAUGAUUAUGGAGACCCCAGUGCCAAUCUCCUGACGGGGACAGAGGGGGAGCAGAGCAAGCGCUACGUGAACGGGGCCUUCGAUGAAUUCAUCAUCUGGGAAAGGGCUCUGACCCCCCGGGAGGUCGAGCAGUACUUUACAGCUGCUAUUGGUGUGCAAGUUUUGCUUUCUUCCACAAUUCCAUGGUCUCUGAUGACAACCACUACAAAACCUGUGCUCUCCACCAACGCCUAUCGACCCAUCAUCACCAACCUCACCGAGGAGAGAGGGAAUUUCCGCUCCCCCGACGCCACGCUGGGGUACCUGGAGAACGUGUCCUUCAGCUUGCCCAACGAAUCCCUGUCACAAAACACUGCUCUGAGCCUCACAGAGGCAUUUUUAAAAGCUAUUGAAGACUUUAUGUUGUUGCCCCACCUGAUUGAUGGACCACAGACACCUCAGGUGUUUGGCAGUUUGAUCCAGACCAUCGACACCGUCAUGUCUCACGUCACGCGUAACCUGGACGAGGACUCCUCUCCCUUGACCAUCGAGGGCACGUCGCCUGUGGCAGAUUACACUGUGCUCAAAAUGCAUCCUCAGACUCUGAAUUUGUCCCACUAUCAAUUUCCAUCUCGGGGGCAGAGUUAUAUUUCCAUUCCCAGUGAAGCUUUCCAUGAAAAAGCUUGGAUCACCAUUGUGGGCCUGCUUUACCAUAACAUGCAUUAUUUCUUUCACAAUAUCAACCCUAUGGAUACCAAGAUUGCUGAAGCUGCUGCCUACAAAGGUUAUAUGAUCUCAGCAACCAGUUAUCUCAUCUCUAUCAAAGUGGAACCUCUACCCAAGCUGUCCCACAAUCUGUCAGGAUCUCCUCUCAUCACCAUCCAGCUCACCCACAAAUUGACACCCAGACAAUACAGCCAAGCACUAAAUAAGAGUAACAGAGUUCAUCUUUACUGUGCAUUUCUGGACUAUAGCAAUGGAGCUGGUGUUUGGUCUAACGAAGGUUGUGUGCGUGAGAGUGGGGACCUCAACUACUCGGUGUGUCUCUGUAACCACCUCACUAACUUCGCCAUUCUGAUGCAAGUGGUGCCUCUGAAGCUAGCAAGAGAACACCAGGUGGCCCUCUCCUCCAUCACUUACAUUGGCUGUGCUCUGUCCAUCUUCUGCCUGACGAUCACGCUGGUCACAUUUGCUAUAUUGUCGUCUGUCAGCACCAUCCGCAACCAGCGCUACCACAUCCACGCCAACCUGUCCUUUGCUGUCCUGGUGGCCCAGAUCCUGCUCCUCACCAGCUUCCAGUUCACCCCUGGAACUGUGCCUUGCAAGAUCUUGGCCAUUCUCCUUCAUUUUUUCUUCCUGAGUGCUUUUGCAUGGAUGCUGGUGGAAGGAUUUCAUCUCUACAGUAUGGUGAUCAAAGUAUUUGGGUCAGAAGAGAGCAAGCACUUAUACUAUUAUGGAGUUGGAUGGGGCUGCCCACUGGUGAUUUGUGUCAUUUCUGCAACAUCAUCCCUAGACAGCUACGGAGAAAUUGGCAACUGCUGGCUUUCACUGGAGAAUGGAGCAAUCUGGGCUUUUGUGGCGCCGGCGAUGUUUGUCAUUCUGGUCAAUAUUGGCAUUCUCAUUGCUGUCACAAGAGUCAUCUCCAGGAUCAGUGCAGACAACUAUAAGGUCCAUGGAGAUGCUAAUGCCCUCAAACUGACAGCCAAAGCCGUCGCUGUUCUCUUACCCAUCCUGGGAAGCUCGUGGAUCUUUGGGAUUUUGGCUGUCAAUGCCCACACAUUAGUAUUUCAGUAUAUAUUUGCUGUGUUCAAUUCACUACAAGGAUUUUUCAUGUUCCUGUUUCACUGUCUUCUGAACUCAGAGGUCAGAGCUGCCUUUAAGCACAAAACCAAGGUCUGGUCCCUCACCAGUAGUUCCACUCGUAACAUCAAUGUGAAACCCUUCAAUUCAGACAUUAUGACUGGGAACAGGCCAGGCACAAACCCCACCAAGCUGAACACCUGGGAUAAAAGCACCAACUCAGCCAACCGUGUUGAUUUGUCAGCAGUGUGACAGUGACACCAGUGACACCUCGGAGAAAAUCAAGCCAUACAUUCAGGACCUCUGACACCACGUCCACCAGCUUUUUCUCACUGUUUGUAACAGUAGAAAACUGCUUUAUUUUUUAUAAUCACUGCCUAAUAAAUCGGGAAUUGCCAUGUUGUUUUGUCGAGUAAAUAGCCCUCAUCUGCUUGCCUUCAGAACUGUAGCAUGUUCCACCCCUUGGCUCUUUGCAAUACCUGUAAAAAUAACCAGCACAAAUAUACACUGGAUGGUUUUGUCAGCAAUGAUGAAAACACUAGGUAUGCAAAAAGGGCUUAUUGCUCUCUGAAUCAUUCCAGCUCCCAGGACUGAGGAAAGGCAACAUACCUCUGGAAAGAUGGAUUUUUAUGCCCUGAAAUGAAAUGCUUCCCAUUGGGGUGUUGUAAUGGGGCUAUUCCAGGCUCGCUGUGCUCUCCCUGUUUACAUUUAUUACCUUACAGAAUCCAGUUAUUGAAGUGAAGUUUAUUCAAAAUA